AUACAAAUACUGUUUACUAACCAGCAUUAGGUAGUCCCUAGGUAAAUGAAGUGGUCAUUUUCCAGUGAGUUGUUGAUGUGAGCACAAAUGUCUCGCAUUAAAGAAAAUAUCGAUAAACUGACGCGCAUUUAUGAGCGUUACAUCGAGUACGUGAGAAGAAACCCGACUGCUACAGCACAACUGGAGAGCACCGUGCGGACUCUGUCGUACCUGAUCGCAGGUCGAUUCGCCGACUCCCAUGAACUGUCUGAACUUGUGUACUCUGCCUCUAACCUCCUAGUGUUGUUCAAUGACAGCAUUCUACGCAGAGGACUGAAAUGUUCCAUCCCUCAGACCAUCUCUCAUCAGAAACUCCUCACCUGGCUCUCUGUGUUGGAAUAUGUGGAAGUGUUCCUGGAGAUCGGAGCCUGUAAACUGUGGGGUGAAGUCAGUCGAUGGCUGGUUAUUGGACUCAUCCAGAUUUUUAAGACAGUUUUCCGACUGGUGCUUCUUCUCUGGUACAAAUCAGGCAUCCAGACGUCCCCUCCAAUAAUUCCUCUGGACAGAGGUGCAGACCUUAGUGAAGAUGAUGACAAUGAGGAGAGAGAAGAUGAAACUUCCUUUGUGGGUCAGAGGUCAGGACGAGUCAUUCGAACCCUUGCCAGCGGUCCCACUCUGCAGAAUCGAAUGUGGGCAGCACAGAAUCAUAAGACGCAGAAGAAGAAAAAGAUCAGUUUGAAGGAGGUGUUGCACAACAGGCCGACUCCACUGAGCCUCCAGGAGACUGUGGCUGAGUCCGUCUACAUCGGACGGCCGCUCCUUCACCUGCUCUGCAUGGGAUUCAGUGGAAAACAGUCCUGGAAACCCUGGCUCAUUUCUGGAAUCCUGGAACUUUCUAGCUAUAGUGUUCUCAAGGAAAAGAAAUUUGAGAACCAUUGGGAGAGAGCUGAGAUGAAGAGGCGGAGCUUCCUGCUGCUGUACUACCUUCUGCGGACACCUUUUUAUGACAAAUUCUCUGAAGCAAAGAUUCUCUUUCUGCUGAGACUCCUGGCCAAUCACGUUCCAGGCCUUGGUCUUGUGGCACGACCUCUGAUGGAAUACCUCCCUACCUGGCAGAAAAUCUACUUCUACAACUGGGGAUGAAACCCCACAGGUGGUUUUGAGAACUGUUUGUCUAGAGGAAAAAGUCAGGUCUGAAGCUGAAGCCACACAGUCAGAGACACAGGAAGCUGCUGUGACACCAGUGGACGUGGACUUUCUGUGGAGACGUCAGCCUUUGGUAUAUCCUCUUUUCAUCAUGUAUUAAAUGACCGGUUUGUCAAGUGCUAAAAUAUGUACAUAACGAAGAGUAUUUUAAUCACAGCAGCACAAACCAAGUGAACUAACCAAGUUGUUUUAAUUCUACGAUUGUCUUAUUCUGUGUUUGCAUUGAUGCUCACUAGUUCAUUUAUGAUGCACAACUCAACAAGUUAAGUUUGUUUAUAAAGUCAAGGAUGUGAACACAGUGAAGGUUUACCAAUCUUUAUUUUUUAAACAUACUGAAUAACUUUCUUUACUUCACCUACAAAUAAAUAUUUAAACAUUUCAUCCUUUGCUCUGCUUUUUCUCAGAGACUAUUGUGAGUCAGACACGCAGGAUGUCAAAAUCUGAGGCAGUGAUGUUAUCAAAAAAAAAUUUCCAAAUGCUUAAUUUGAAGUCUGCCAGGAAGGAAGCAAGGCGAGUGUGAAAAACAGUGCGACUAAGCUGUUGGGUGAUGUGAGUGAAAUCUGAUCCUAAAUCGAUGUGUACACGCUGCUUUAAACCAGUGUACUGAUGUGUUCAUGGACAAAGAAACGACAGUAAUACUAUUUUCUUUAGCACAUAUGAAACCUAAAAAAAACACAAUUUUAAGUCCAAUAUUUAACCUCUCACAAUAAAAAACAGAAUUGGAGGCAGUGGUUUCCAAACGGUGGUUCAGUGGAGUUGUUGGCUGUGGGACACUAAUGGUGAAGUAACUUUCCCAAAUUGUUUUAAGAGCAUGAUUCUUUGUAGACCUGCACCUGAGCACUUUGAUUAAACAAGUAAAGAGUAAAUGCAGCACUGGAUGUUAUGCAGUUAAGGAUUACCCUUGAGGUGAUCAGAUGCAGUUUUGAAGACAUUAUGCAUCACUGAUUUUUUUACCGACUUUGUGCCACAGUGACAGAGACGACAUCGAUCAAAUGUACAUAUUAAGUAUGGUGCUGAUCCGUUGACGUACUAAGGAACUACAGCAGUUAAACCAGGAAAACAACAAAUAUCUAAAGAAAUGUCAUUGUAAAACCACACACAUCUAAUUACAC